AUGUUACGUUAUCAGCUUGGAUUUAUAGUUGACGGUAAAAUUUUUUUAAAAAUAGUCAUAUCCGCUUUAACAAAAAUUGACAUCGGUCUACUUGGCAUAAUAUCCGCGGAUAUAUAUUUAAAACUAAAAGUCAAUAAUAAAGGUCAGUUUUACAAAAGAGUAUUCAAAUACGUGCUCGGUUGUUGGAUCUGUUUUAUGAUAUCUUAUAUACUUCUACAUAUUGAUUACAAUUCCGAUAACUACACAAUGAGACUUUUAAAAUUGAUGACUAGUCAAUAUAAAAUCUUCUUAUUCUGGCCUAUGGUGAUGUUAGCUUUUAGCAUGAAACUGGGUGGAUUUAUCAGAAAUAUUUUAUCAUCAAAUUACAUGCAAACAAAGGCCAGGUUAUCAUAUCCAGCCUACUUAUGGCAUGUAGUAGUUAUGCGUAUAGUUAUGAACUAUCAAAGACAGCCCAUAUAUAUAAACUUCUUGACUUUAUUUCUUUACUCCUUUUUAGUAAAUUCAUUAACUAAUAUAGUUGCUGUCAUUACAACUUUAGUUUUUGAAUAUCCAAUUGCUGAAAUUUUUCAUAGUUUCAUAGGAAUACCGCCAAAGGCAACAAAAAACUUGAAAUCGAAAUAAAUAAGUUAUUAUCAUGGAUGAACAUAUCGGGACCAAAUGCAACUAAUUAGCCAACCAAAUUGCAUUAUUAAUGUUAUUUGGUUUUUCGGAGACUUCCUUUCAAAGCCAUAAAAUAUAAUCCUAAAACUUAUAAAAA